UUAUUACUUGAAGCCCCAACCCCUUGGCCCUCCCUCCCCCAACCUGUCAACUGACGAACCUCCGUCGCUGCCGGCCACCCGCCUCGUCUCCGGCCGUUACCUCCGAAAACGCCAAUCGGCGAGCAAACCCAGCUGCGCCGCGAACCUCUGUCAUUGUAAAGCCUCUCCCUUUUAGUUCAAAGAGGAGAUUGAGCUGCCGGUCUAAAUUCCUGUCCGGCGGACCGAAUGUGAAGCAAACCAUAGAAGUGCUGUAAUUGCCUCAAAUCCCUAAUUUUUCCGACGAGGCCUGACCUUCCAAUGGCGAGCAGGAAGCUGGUUCGAGACUUGGCGCUAUUGGGGCAGCCCCUUUUCAUCCACCUCCGGUCUCAGCAACAGCCUUUGAAUUCGAGACUGAGAUCGAUUCCGGUGAAUGCACAUUCUGGUGAUCGGCGGUUCAGUGUUUUCAAUGAAUUCUCCAAGAAAGUGAAGGGUGAAGCCACCGGCAAUCAAGAAUUUCAGCAAUCAGUCAAGGAGCUGAAGGAUAAAGCAGAUGAGCUCAAAGGGUUUAAAGAGGAUCUUAAAGUUCGGACAAAACAGACAACAGAGCAACUUUACAAGCAUGUCGAUGGUGUUUGGACUGAUGCCGAAGCCACUGCAAAGAAGGUGUCAGCUAAUAUGAAGGAGAAGAUCUCCGCUGCUAGAGAGGAGGUUAAAGAACGUCUUGGCAUUGGGAAGGAAGAGUCUUCUAAAUCUUCUACUGGUUCAGCUGAUCAUGAUGCUAAAGCCAAAGAUGGAAACACUAAUCCAUCUUCGGAGGAAGGGAAAAGCCGGCAAGCAGGGUCCAGCAAUGACACGGAAACAAUUUAUGACAAAUUUAAGUCGAGUGCCUUCUCUGGUUCUCCUAAGGUCUCUUCAGCUUUUGAGAGGCUUAAGAAAGUAAAGGUAGUUGAUUUGGCAAAGAAGGGAUACGAUAUUCUGAAGGAUGAACUGAAUGGUACCCCGACUAACCGAAAAAAGCACAUCGAGCCAGCUGCUCCACCACAAGCCGGUGAAAGAAGUACAAAAACGGACGUUGUUGUUGUGCCUACUAAGCAGUCAAGAUGGAGCAAGAAGUGGGAGGCCUUCAAGGGGAAGAUGCAAGGUCAUCCCAUGUUCAAGCGGAUAAGUAAUAUGAGCGAACCUGUUGUCACAAAAAGUCAAGAAAUUGCAGAAGACAUGCGAGAGAGAUGGGAUACUACUGACAAUCCCGUUGUACAUAAAAUUCAGGAUAUUAAUGAAACUAUUUUUCAAGAGACGGAUGCUGCAGCAUCAAUGAAGGAAAUCCAUCGUAGAGACCCGUCUUUUUCGUUACCGGAGUUUGUUGCAGAAAUCCAAGAAGCGGUGAAGCCUGUGCUUAAUGCUUACAUGAAGGGGGAUGCUGAAACUUUGAAGAAGUAUUGUAGCUCCGAAGUUAUUGAGAGGUGUAAAGCAGAGCACAGUGCCUAUCAGAGCCAUGGCAUUUUUUUCGAUAAUAAGAUUCUUCACGUAUCUGAGGUGGAAGUAAGAGAAAUGAAAAUGAUGGGAACUUCUCCCAUAAUCAUCUUAGCCUUUCAAACUCAGCAAGUAUAUUGUGUACGCGAUAGAAACGGUGCAGUGACUGAAGGAGGCAAGGACACGAUACACACAGUUUACUAUGCUUGGGCGAUGCAGCAAGUAGACCCCGAAGAGCUUGGAGAAGGUGCACUCUACCCAGUGUGGAAGCUACGAGAAAUGCAGCAGAUCGGUGUACGAGCUCUCAUAUGAGUUUUUAUGAAUACAUUUGAAUCAUUUGGACGAUAACUGGCCUGCCUCUGCUAGGGUUUUUGUUAUUUUCCCUCUUCGGGCAGGGGAAAUUGUCCUAUUUUAUUACGAGGUUAGGUAGGAAAAAUAAUCAAGGUCUUUCCCAAUAUUCGUUCCGAUUUUGGCCAAGAGCCCGGUGUUUUACAAUUUUGAAAGUGUAAGAUCCAUUAACUGAUUCUAUGUAGUAGGACAUAUUAGUCUGAGGAAGAGAUGAUUUUGAUUGAGAGUCAUCUCCUCAUAAAAGAGAAAAUGCUCAAAACUCCAUUUGUUCCAACUCUUGAGAUGUGAAGAAAAUGCACUGGAAAUUAUCGGGUUCCCUCU